UUGUUCCAAAAUAUUUUGUUGUGUGUAUUUAAAUGAAUAUUUUAAAAUUAAACUGCACUAUUUGAAUAUUUUUCGGUGCUCUGAAGAUUAAUAUAUUUUUGUAUGCAAUUUAAUCUCUUAUGUGAUUACUUCUUCUUAAUUAUGAUGGUAAAAUUGUGGAAGAGCACAAUUCCAUGCAAUAAUUUUGAUGUCUAUGAAUUAUAAAAGUUAUUUCUAGCUCUUGACAAAGAGUUGUAUGAGGCUUAACCAAAUGAUGCAUAGAAAGACAAGCUUAGAUCAUAACAUUUCUAUGAAUUGGUGAAAUAUAAUUGAUGCAAGUUAUCAAGAUGGAUUCUGCAGCUCUACUAAAUUGUAAAUAUGAAUAUCAGAAUUUUUCUGAGUGUUCUAAUUCUCCUCUUCUACUACUUAAUGAGAAAAAUGUUAUACUUUUCAAAGGAUCAUAUUCAGUAUCUUCUGUAUUGUGGAAUAGUAUUCAUUUUUUGUUUGGAGAAAUUAAAAAACACUUCUUUAUUAUAAAAACUCUUGCUUUAGAUAAAACAAACUUAAUGCAAAAUGAAGACCCUUUGACUUGUAUACAAAAUUCUCGUAUUGAUAUAUCAAGAGUUUUUCAAUGCAUCCUGAAAAACCUGCAAUGUAUGAAUUCAUGCUCUUCUUCUGAUUUAAAGCCCCAUUAUAAAAUUAUUGCCACUUUGGUUAAGGAAAUUAAGCAUUUAUUAAUUUUUGUUGGUCGAAUUAAUGACAUACCAAAUAUAGUUACCACCGCAGAUUCUGUUUAUAGCUCUGAUUAUCACUACUGUUACGUUCAUCUUUUUUUAGAAUUAUGGUAUAAUUCGAUAAAAAUUCUUGUAGCAGUGAAUAAUAUAUGUGUGAGAGAAGGAAACUUAGAAUCAUUUUGUAAUGAUUUGGAUCAACUGGAUACAUAUUUGCAAGUUAUCACUUUAUUUAUCAUUGAUUAUAUCUGUAUUACUGUAAGAAAGUACAGAAAUUCAGACUCUCUUAACAAUACUCCCUUCGUAUGUAAAUGUUUUGAAGAUUUUUGGGGAAUGCUAAUGAAAGUUUUUAAUUCUAAAUUAGUGGAUGAAAAAUAUUCCUUUUGGACAGUAUAUCAUAAUUCUGUUCAAAGUGUACAAAAUCAUGUAAAAAGUGGAAAAUCAAACAUGGACCUGCCUAUAGAUUCAUUUUCAUUAAUAAAUGAAUCUAUAGAAUGUUCUCAGUUAUCAGAAUCUUGCCUUUGGUUGACAUCACAUAUUGCACAUUUAUACAUUUUGAAUAAUUGCAACAAAGAGCAAACUGUAUAUGGUUAUCCAGUAGUAAAGUUCUUGAUUCAUUCUCUGUUAAUCAGUAGCUCAGAGAGGACUGAAAGAAAUCUGCGUUUUUCCUUAUUUUAUACAUGGGAGAUUUUGUCUUUCUGGGAACCAUCGUCAGAGGUGUUACUAACUUUGACCGACUUUUAUAUUAAAAAAAUUGAUGAGACAUUUUCAUUGAAUGAAAAUGGACUGGAGAAUCUUCCAUACCUCUUCAGUGAUUGUAUAUCAUGGUUUAAUUACAUUGAUAACCUGUCAAACACAUGCAUAACUGUUAGAAAUGAAACAAGUUUUUAUAUAUAUUUACGUAUUUUGUAUAAACAACUCACAAUGGAUUGUAGUGAAGGAAAUCUGUGGCGAUCCUUGAAAGGCCGUGUGUACAGUAAAUUCAUGCCGAAAAAACUUAUAGAACUUCCUGAAGUUGGAUUACAGAAUAGUUUUUCAUUGAUUUUGACUAUAGCAGCAUCUGGACAAGUUGAAGCAGUUGACAAAAUAUCCAGUUUGAUUUCAAUAUUUAAAACAUGCAAUAUCAAAAAGCAACUUAUUUCUUGGAAAGCUUUAUUUGUAUUAAUACUCAUUUAUCAGAAAAAGAGCUUGAAUCUAAAUAAAAUUAUAACUAAAGCUGUUGAAUUUUUUAAUUCAAAAUGUUUUGAAUAUUAUGCUACAAAAGACAAUUUAAACAAACUGAAUCUAAUGAAUUUAUUAUUUGUAUAUAUUAAUGGUAUGAAAGAAGUGUUUAAACAAUGUGAUUUCUUAAAGUUAUCAGAAUAUGAACUUGUUGCAUCAGGUUUCUCCCUAAUGUUAUCUUCUAGCGGUGUUUCUGAAUUGAAUAGUAUUUUGUAUAUUUUAUUAGAGAUUUUCCAAAAGGUACAGGAUAUGACAAGUGAUAUGGAUAAUGCUGAUAAUAGUAUCAUAUUAGAUGAAUAUCUUAAAUUUUUAAAACAUUCUUUUAAAUACAUAUACCCAUUUCUUGAGAAAAUUUCAAACUCUGAUACUCCUCCAAUAGUUAUAUCUGAUUUAGCAGCUAUAUUUACCAUUUUAUCUUAUAAAUUUUCUUCUUCUCUUGCUGAACAAGUAACUCACAACUUUUUAAACAUAUUUUUAUGGUUUGGUUGUAAAAGGUCUCUUAACAGCUCUGUGAUGUGUCACUAUUUAUGGUUAGUUUUGAAAGAUGAAAGCUUACAAACUAAUCUUAAGAAGGCUAUUCCUAAUUUUACUUCGCUAGUAUUUCGGUCAUGGUUAAAAGUGGUGAUUGAUCCACCAAUUUUACCUCCAGCCUGUGAAGAAGUUCAUGAACUUUCAUUUAAAGUGCUUCUCUUGAGAGAUUUUAUGGAAACAUUUCCCCAAGUACAGGAUUUAGAAUUCAGAUCAGAUCCUAUUGAUAUUGCUAUAAAAGUUUUUGAAAUUAUGGGCCAAAAAUUUGAAGAAAUUUCUGAUUUGAAGCUUAAACAUCAACUGAAACUGAAGGCAAGUAAUUAUUUUCAAAACUUUGCUUCAUGUGCUUCAGUCCAAAUAAAAAAACUCUCUAAUAGUUCAUUAAGUUUAGUAUACAAAGUUAUUUCACAUCUUGUAGAUAAUUGUUCUCUGUUACUUCAUAUGCAUUACAGUAGUGACAGUGUUUUGCAGCAUCUUUUUGAUCAAGUAAUUCUUGUUCAUAAAAUAUUUUCUGUUGACAAAUCUGCCCAGUCAGUCACAUCUCAUGCUAUCAAUGAAUUUUUACCUCGAUUUUUGAAGGGUAUUUUUAAACUGGAUUAUAGAAAAGAUAAAUUUGCUGAAAGAGUUCUCAAGCAACUAAUAAUUAAUCAUAUUUUCCUCCACCCAUCUGCAAACAGUUCAAUAAAAAGAUUAUUGAUUGCAACUGUAUGUAGUAAAGAAGACAGUCUAAAAUGGGAUGAAUUUGAGUUUCUUCUAGAUAUUAUUAAAGAUUAUAUUUUGGGAAAUCCUGAAAAUCCUAUAAAUGGAUUUGAGUUAUUAUUUGAAAUAUUUAAAGCUGCGCCUCUCUUAAAGAAGGCAUUUAUAACCAAUAGUCUUUUAAAAAGUGCUCUUGAAAUUUACAUGAAACAAAAUAAUGCUUUAUCUCGGUAUUUGUGGAAUUUAAUGGGCAAGAUUUUUACUUAUUUUAAAACAUUUAUGGACUUAAAGUGCUCUAAAAACAUCUUGAUUCCUAUUCUUCAAUGGUUCAUUCAAGAAAAAAUUAAAUGGUCUUCUAUGAGAGGAUUCGGUGUGUUGGACUGCAUUUCAAACUACCUGCCUGAAAUUGUUUUGGAUGUUGUUCCCAUUCUUACCAAGACUGUAGAAGAGAUGGAACACAAUCGAGGCAUGGGUGAGGACGUAGCUUUAAGAAAUCUGCUGAAAAACACUAUUUUAAAGCUGCAAGGAAAAUUGUCUGCAUGCAAAAAAUAACUUUAAAAAAAAUAUUUUGUAAGAUGAUUUUUAAAACUUUUGAUAAAUGAUUGACAUAAUAUUGAAUAUUAAGUAGUUAACUUAUAAUCAUCAAGAUGAAUAUCAAGUUAAAAAUUUUUAUUUUAUAUAUAUAUAUAUUUUCAAAUUAACCACAAAAAUUUUUAACUUUUUUUUUUAACUCCUUAUUUG